UACGUGGUUAUGAAUCAUGCAUGACUCGACUCGUUUCCAAGAGCUCCAACAACCAGAGGAACAGUUGUAGACUGGCACUAAUCUUCUUCUGGAAACCUGCUUUUCUGUGCUGGUUUGCGGAGGAAUUGCUGCCGCCGAUUGUGACCUCGUGCCGCGAAUUGAGAGUGCGAAUGAUUGCGAGCGAGUGACGUUUACAAGUGCCUCUGUCACAAUGAAGCCACGAGAGGACCGACUCCAAUGCCGCGAAUCCCGGCAGAAUCGCCGUAAAUUCGACCACGGUCGCCUCCGUUACCGCCGUCCUCACUUCCAAUCCCAACUCCCCCUCCUCCUCCUUCCGCUAUUCGCGGCGCUAUUAAACGCUUCUCCCGCGCACGGCGCCAUUGAAGGCGGCGUCAAUCACGCCGCAUCUCACGCCGCCACUGACGGUGCUCUUACGAGCGCGGUUCCCUACAGCCGUCGCCGGCUAGUCGACGCUCUCCUGCCGUCAGCACUGCGGGAGCGAGGCGCGUCGGACUCGGACUCUGACUCGGACCGGCGUCAAGGCUCCGAGCACCAGAAGUGCGGAGAAUCAGAGGAACGCGAGCAGCACGGUCAAGAGCGGCUGAAGGAAAGUCAGCAGCAGCCGUUGCCCGCCGCUGAGUAUCGGAAAGACGACGUUGCCGUGGAGGACCAGGGGCACGAGCUGCUGAGUAGUAGUAGAAUUAGUGGCCUUAAUAGCCUCAGUACCACUAGUAGAUUAAGUAAUAGCCGAAGGGCCGAGAGUCUCCUACAGCAGCAGCCGUUGUCCCCGGCGGCGGCGGGCGGCACCCCCGGAAGUUUGGCUACGUUCAGUUUACUAGCGGCGCGGUUCGCCUCCUUUAGUAGCUUCGUGCGCGGCAUCGCGUCGCGGUCUCUUGCGGUCAAGAGGAAGCCGAAGCUUCCCCCUAGGCCCCCUCCCCGCCCCCCUCCCAGACCCCCCCCUCGACCUCCCCCUAGGCCCCCUCCGCGCCCGCCUCCCCGUCCGCCCCCGAGGCCUCCCCCACGGCCUCCCCCGCGCCCGCCCUCUCCGCCUCCGCCGAAGCCACCGCGUCCGCCCCCACCUCCGUCCCCGCGCGCGCCUGCGCCGUCUCCGCCGCCUUCGCCUUCCCCGCCUGUGCUGGAUGCAGCGUGCGCGACGGUGUGCUGCAGCAGCGCGCCGCAGCCGGGGGAGGGGGAAGCGGUUAUGAAGAGUGAAUGGCUGUCUUCCGCCAUGCCCCAUGGCGCAAGGAUCCAACUGCGCAGUCCAACGUGGGGCACGUGGUGGGGGCCGGACAGCAACGGCAGCUGGUCGGGCUUCAUUCUCGCGGGCAACAAGACCCGCCCGUCCGCCUGGGAGUUCUUCCGCGUCGAGAGGGCCGCUGGGCUUGCCCCCAACCAGCUGCGACUCAUCACUCUUUCCGGGGCGUUCGUCCGCGCAGGCCCCCCCUGCGCGCCCUGGUCCUUGACCUACGGCGUCAUGGACACGUCCCCCUCGCGCGCCGACCCGGCCACCGUCUUCUCCAUCGAGCAGCGCGGCGACUUCAAGGUGGCGUUCCGGGCGGCGGUGGACGGCAUGGUGGUGAGCAGCGAGGGCAACGCGCUGUACCGGUGGACGAGCACGGCGAGCACGUGGGAGGAGUUUGAGAUCCGCGAGGUGGCCCGCGUGCCUGUGAUAAGAGGGGUGAACUUGGGCUCGUGGCUGGUGAUUGAGAACUGGAUGGUGCCGGGCUGGUACCCGAACCCGGCCCAGUGGAAGGAUGGGACCGUGUUUCGUCUUCAGCCACUCAAGCUCGCCACAUGGGUCACUGCCACUAACGGCGGAGGCUCCCUGAUCACGAGCACGGAGGCCAGCCGCACCAACAUCUACAACUCCUUCCGAGCCAUCAUGAAUGACGAUGGCACCAUGCGGGUGCUAGUGGAGGGCCUGCAGUACUGGUCUCUAGCAGACAACGGAACGCUGGUAGCCACAUCCAUGGACCCACAACCCAGUGGCGGCAGCAAUUUCACCUUUGACUUCAGCAACAGCAGCCACUCGCUCGCGCUCAUUCUCGCACCCAACGGCAAAUACCUCCUGCCCGCCUCCUCUGGUCUGCUCAUAGCUGCGCUGGACCCUGAUCUGCUUCCCGCGGCCUCUCGCUGGGAGUCCGCUGCCGCCUUUCGAGUCGAGCUCACCAACCAGGUGAACGGCGAGUGGCAGUACGCCAAGUCCCUGGGUGGGCCGCAAGCAGCAGCAGCGCCCAUGGCAUCCUUCCGCUCCGCCUACCUCUCCGAAUCAGACUUCCAAACCAUGGCGUCCCAUAAAAUCAACACCGUCCGCAUCCCCGUGGGCUACUGGAUAAUGGAGAGCCCCUCUUUCUCCCCCUCCGACUACCCCUUUCCGACUGGCGCUCUGGCCUCCCUGGAUUGGGCUUUUCGCAUGGCGAAUAAGUAUGGGAUCCGCGUGUGGUUCUCACCGCACGCUGUCUUCGGCACGAAUUCGGGGUUCUUGGGCGGCCGGUCGGGAUUGUGUGAGUUCUCCGUGCGAAACAACACCAUGCGGACAUUAGACAUGAUUGAGUUUUUAGUUAAGCGCUACGGCAACGACCCGGCUUUUCUCGGCCUUGGGCUCAUGAACGAGCCGCUCGCGCCGUGGAAUUAUGGGCUAAUGUCGGGAAUAUCCCUUGAUUUACUGGCCUGGUACUACAAGCAAGCGUACGACGCUGUUCGGAAGUACUCCCCGUGCGCUUACAUCGCUAUAGAGGGCCGUGUGGGGAGCUCUAUAUGGGAGGUGCACUGGUUGCUGUACAGCACAUGGCACACAAAUAUCAUUCUAGAGCAGCACAUGUACAACGUGUUCUAUGGCUGGGAGGGGCUGACGCCGCAGCAGGAGGUAGACGAGACGCUCAGAGGACGCCUGGAAGAAAUCAAAGGGUUGCAAUCGUGGGGAAUGCCAGUACUGGUGGGCGAGUGGUGUCUAUCCAUGCGUAACCCUGACCCCUCGGUCACCGCGCAGUUUGGUCUCAAUCAGCUCAAGGCCUUUGCCACUGCCAAGGCCGGCUGGUUCUUCUGGUCCUACAAGCACAACAUCUCAGGCUGGGAUCAUUGGAGCUUCGUGAAGAGCACAGCCAAUGGAUGGCUGCCACGUAAGCCAGAUGGAUCAUGGUGGUAACAGCAGCCAGCUUCAAUGUACAACGGAUGCUGUACAUAUCAACUAUUGUUUCGACUGCUUUUGACAAAUGUUUCACAACAAGAAUGAUAAUGGCAUAUUACCGUAAUCCCCCGUAUAUAACACCCGCCGAAAUAGUCACUCCGCGGGUGGUUUAUGCGGGGGAGAGCUUAUGAUAGGGUGAAUUUAGGAGAGCACCCGCUUUUCGGGGGUUGCAUUUUACAUAACACCCUCCUCGUUUUAUGCAGCAAAGAACAGUAUUUCGUAGUUUUUCAAGCUCAGCUCGAUUGAGAAAAAAAACGAACAGGAUGAAAAACGCAAUGUCAACUACCAUUAGCAGCGAAAAAACGGGCAGAAACAUCAACACAAGUUGCAGCGCGAAAUGGAAAUGUCAGCAAAGGUCAAGACUCGGGAGGAUUUCGACCGUCGAAUUCGCGGAUUCUGUUGUGAUUUGACGGUCAGAAUCCUCCCGAGCGAAAUCCUCCCGUCGAAGUCGCGGAUUCUGUCGCGAUCAUGACGGUCGCAGGUGCCGCACAAACCUGGCCUUGACUAUAGCACUCAGCAGGGAUUGGCCAACGACGAUUGGUUUGUGAGUUUCGUCGUAGCGGAUGCUGUACCUCGCUAACAGUCGCUCCGCGCAGUUUUGAACACACAUGGCCUAAAACACUCAAAUUCAAAUUGCAUUUUACAUAACACA